AUGGAGCCUCUCUUUGGGGCUGUGCUGGGUUUGAUUCUGGCAGUCGCUUCACCAGCCCACGACAGCUGUACCUGUGCGACCAACAAGUGGGCAGUGUGUGCCCAGGAGGGCCCAGGGAACUGCACCUGCAGGCUGGCAGGUUCAGAUCACCCUGUAGACUGCUCAACCCUGACUUCUAAAUGCUUCCUGAUGAAGGCAGAAAUGACCCCCCUGAAGGAGAAGCGCCUCUGGAGACCUCCCCAGGGGGUGUCAGACAGUGACGGCAUUUACAACCCCGACUGCGAGGACAGCGGUGUCUUUAAAGCCAGGCAGUGCAACCAGUCCAGCACCUGCUGGUGCGUGAACUCGGCGGGCGUGCGCAGGACGGAGAAGGGAGGCAGCAGCCUGAGCUGCAGCGAGCUGGUCCGGACACGGUGGAUCUACAUCGAGCUCACACACCAGAGGAGCUCCAGGGCCUUCGCUGCUGCCGACGUGGCCCAGGCCCUGACCCAGCUGUUUGAGAGCAGGUACAAGCUGCACCCCAAGUACAUCGCAGCCAUCAAGUACGACCCCCCCCUCAUCCAAAUCCGCCUGGACCAGAACAAGAAACCCAGGUGGGAUGUAGAUAUAGCUGACGUGGCCUAUUACUUUGAAAAAGACGUGAACAAUGACUCCGUGUUUCCUUCCAACGGUAAUUUCACUGUCUCAGUCAAUGGAGAUGCUCUGGCUGUUGAAAAGCUCUGGAUUUACUAUGUGGAUGAAAAGCCCCCCGAGUUCUGCAUGAGGCAGCUGGCAGCUGGCAUCGGUGCUGUGGUCACCGUGGUGGUCCUCACUGCUGGCAUUGGCAUCGCCGUGCUGCUCAUCCUCAGGUGGCUGCGCACAAGGACAUAUAAAAAAUUUGAGUGUAAAGAAAUGAGGGAAAUUAAAGCCCCAAGCUUAGAACUGACCUGA